UAAACCCCACCAUACAGCCUUGCCACCUCUAUUGCAUGCCCCUUCUCUUCUCAUCCGCCCUCUCCCUCUCUCUCUCUCUCUCAUUCCAUCCUUCUUAAAAACCAAAACAACUCUCCUUCGAAAACCAGAAGAAGAAACCAAAAGCAGAGCAAACUCGGACGCAAUCUUUUUCUUUAGUCUAUGGCUGUUGAAGCAAGGCAUCUUAAUCUCUUCCCUCCUCAAUUCUUAGGAAACAGGGAAAUGAUGAAUCCCAUUGAAGCAAACGGGAACAUCUUUCAAGCCCAGAUGGGAUAUGGGGUACCAUUAUCAGGAACGACGACGGCGGCAACGGAAGGACUGCUUCCUUUCUACAACUCUGUGGUUACUGAUUCAAUCCAUCAGAAGCCUGCAGCGAUCAAAUCCGAGAGUACUUUGACAUAUAACAAUCUUCCUCUACCGAGGAAGCGUUCUAGAGAUUCCAUUAAUCCAAUCCUUUCUUUCCCUUCUCUACAACAACAACAACAACCCCACAACAACAAAAGUUCUUGCUCUCCCCUCUCCUUUCUUGGCCAUGAUAUUUCCUUCCAUAUUGAGCAGCAAGAGUUGGAUAUUGAUCACCUCAUCUCCCAACAUAUGGAGAAAGUGAGGAUGGAAAUAGAGGAAAAGAGGAAGAGGCAAGCAAGGAAAAUAAUGGAGGCGAUAGAAGGAGGAGUAAUGAAGAAACUAAGAGCCAAAGAGGAAGAAAUUGAGAAGAUUGGGAAAUUAAAUUGGGCACUUGAAGAGAGGGUGAAGUCACUCUGCAUAGAGAACCAAAUUUGGAGAGACUUGGCUCAAACCAACGAGGCCACGGCCAACGCCCUACGGACCAACCUAGAACAAGUCCUUGCGGCGCAGGUGAAGGACGAGCGCACCCGCGGCGUAGGAAUAGAGGAGGCAGCGGCAGAGGAGGUUGAUGAUGCGCAAUCUAGUUGCGGCAGCAGUUGGGAAGUGGAGAGGCGCACGUUUGCAGUGGAAGGAGGCGAGAGGAAAUUGCUGAAGGAUGAUGAUAAUAAUAAUCAUAUGAGAAGCGGUGCAAGUAGCAGAUUGUGCAAGAAUUGUAGGAAGGAAGAAUCGUGUGUGUUGCUGUUACCAUGCAGGCAUCUGUGUUUGUGUACUGCUUGUGGCUCUAGCCUUCACAUUUGCCCCAUCUGUAAAUCCACCAAAAAUGCUAGUGUCCAUGUUAACAUGUCUUAAGUUGCCAAAAAAAAAUUCAUACACACCCAAAAAAAUCCGAAAUGUUGAAAACUCAAAUUUUGUAAUUAGUUAGAUUAAUUCUUUCUCUUU